GAUGUACAUGUUCUCUCUGCCAUCGUCGUCGUUUGUGACGAUCAACGGCAACGAAGAGAGUUGUGGACCUUCCUUCUUUGACUCAUCCUCAACCAUGAUGGCGAAUUUCAACAUAAGUGGUAUUAACAUGUCAUACUUCAUGGGUCCCGAUAAGGGGUUCCCUUUCCCUAGUGGGACCCUAGAUUUACAGGCGGCAGCGGCGGAAGAGGAGCAGUUGCAGCUAGAAAUCGAGGAGGUCUUUGUUUCUACCGUUGCAGAGAAAGGGAUGAACAAUGGCUAUGAGUUUGAGGUUGGGGAGAUUGACAACGAGUGGUUGGCUCGUAUCCUGAGUGGUGCUCCUUUUGAAUUUGUGGAACAGGAGACCGAUCUUCGAAACCUCUCUCACACCUGGGUUUUUUAUUUUGUGAAGAAGCAUUUUACAUUUGUCUAUAGAACAUAGAGUACA